CUCCGUCGAGCCGAGGAGGUGUCCGUGCGAGGGAGCGGAAUCACCGGCCCGGGGGGGCCGCGCUGCGUGCCAUCACAACGGCGUCAAAGCAACUUGUGUCACACGCUGCGGGCAGAGCUGCUUGGCCCGCUGUCUUGAGCAGUUAGCGGUCAGACGACAACAUGGCAGCCUGCCGCCCGGUGCACCGGCGCCUCACUUGUCCAGCAAACCCUUAAAUGUCACUUGCCCGCCUUAUUACGUAACGUAACGUAACGGGCGUGUGUGCCCGUGUCUGCGUGCUUGUGAGGUGAACCCCUUCCACGGCAGUGUUGCUGCUGUAGAUGUUGACUCGGAUGCGCAUCCACGCAGACGCGUUAAACGCAUCCGGUUCCGUUUUUGUGGAGGCUGUGGUCUUAUCAAGACCACAAGGUCCGCCUCGCUUCCUUUUCGUUCCCAAACCUGCAGCCGCUCCAUUCCGCGCACAGGACUCGGGAACAGGCAACGGGGAGUUGAAGAGAGUCCGUGCGGAGGAAUCCCGAGCCGUGCCCCCGCCAGCGCGUUCAGAGCAACGAGAUGAGAUGCUUCAACUCUACAAGCUUCAAAUGCCAGAAGAUCUGUACCACUUCUGGGACUUCUGCAAGGAGCUGUGUCCCGACAACCCACGGGGGGCCCUAAAAGACGCGCUGGGUUUGCAGCUGGUUGGUCCCUUCGACGUCCUGGCAGGAGCCCACAGAGGCGCCGACAAUCCUCAGCCCAACUUUCACCUCCACUGGCGGUAUUUAUACGACCCGCCGGAGUUCCAGACCAUCCUCCUGGGGAGCGGAGACACCCAGCAUCACAUCGGCUACUACAGAGACUCUCCGGACUCCCUCCCUUCGUUUGUUGGGGAGAAUGAAGCCAAGAAGGGCUGCGCCAUCGCGCAGAUGGGAGACAACGCGUUCGCUGCAGUCCUCCUGUAUCUGUCGGGGAGGAGGAAAGAGAGGGGCAGCAAGAGAGCCGGAGGACAGGCCUUGGACGGCCUGGAGGCCCGGCUGAGGGACAGAGCAGAGACGCUGGGCUUGUCCCUCGAGCAGAAGACCAAAGCCAUGAAGCAGAGGGACAAGAAGGUGGUCACCAAGACGUUCCACGGUGCCGGCAUCGUCGUACCGGUAGACAAGAACGAUGUGGGAUACAGAGAACUACCAGAAACCGAUGCUGGCCUGAAGAAGAUCCUCAAGGCGAUCGCCGACGCCCGCAACGACGAGGAGCGCGUCAAAGCCUUCGGCCCUCUGCAGGAGAUGGUCACGUUCGUUCAGUUUGCCAACGACGAGUGCGACUACGGCAUGGGAUAUGAGCUCGGAAUGGACCUCUUCUGUUACGGAUCCCACUAUUUCCACAAGGUCAUCAGGCAGCUUCUGCCGAUGGCCUACAGCCUCCUGAAACGCAAUCUGUUUGGGGAGAUUCUGGAGGCUCACCUGUCCAGUCGCGGCAAAGACCACCUGGACCAACUCUCCGCACAUUAAAAGCAGGAAGAAGCAAAAAGCAAAGACUCAGAAGUACCAGAAGCUCCAGCUCCAGCUCUUUUAAGCUCCCCCCCCACAACCCCCCCCCCCCACCUGUCCUUGUCUGUGUGUUAUUGGUCAUGUUUCUCAGUGGUUUUGGUGCUGUCAUUAAUUGGAACCAGUUCAAUGAUAUUCUUUGUAAAAGGUAGAUGUCUAAUAAAGUAUUUUUAUAUAUUUA